GGGCGAGAACCAUAAACCCUCGACAAUUCUGAAGGUCAGGUCAGUGUGGCUUCCCACUGCUGUGACUGAUCUCUCUCUUCGCUCCUCGGUCCGAGCUCGAAAAUCCGACACAGGUUCGCCUCCGACAUCCCUCUCCGCCAGAGUUCGGAACCGGAGCCAGCGAGGGAAGAGCACGAUGGCGGAGGCCAACAGCAACAGCGAAGUCUCUCCCAACAUGACCAUUUACAUCAACAACCUCAACGAGAAAAUCAAAAUCGACGAGCUGAAGAAGUCGCUGAGGGCGGUGUUCUCGCAAUUCGGGGAGAUAUUGGAGGUUCUGGCGUUCAAGACCCUGAAGCACAAGGGUCAAGCUUGGGUUAUCUUCAAGGAAGUCCAAUCCGCCACCAGUGCCCUAAGGCAAAUGCAGGACUUCCCCUUUUAUGAUAAGCCCAUGAGAAUACAAUAUGCAAAGACGAAAUCAGACAUAAUUGCAAAGGCUGAUGGUACUUUUGUUCCUCGUGAAAAACGAAAGAGACACGAGGAGAAAGGUAAAAAACGAAAGGAUCAACAUGAUGCUAAUCAAGCUGGAGUUGGUGUGAAUCCUGCUUAUCCUGGUGCUUAUGGUGCUAUGCCUCCUCUAUCACAAGUACCGUAUCCAGGAGGUGCAAAAGUUCCAGAAGCUCCAGCUCCGCCAAAUAACAUACUUUUUGUUCAGAAUCUUCCUCAUGAGACGACUCCAAUGAUGUUGCAAAUGCUCUUUCUUCAAUACCCUGGUUUUAAGGAAGUAAGGAUGGUGGAAACGAAGCCGGGGAUCGCAUUUGUUGAGUACGGUGACGAGAUGCAAUCGACGGUCGCAAUGCAGGCGCUUCAAGGUUUCAAGUUAACCUCGCAAAACCCAAUGUUGAUCACUUAUGCAAAGAAAUAGAGGGCCGACUUCUCACUGCUUCUUUCUGCGAUAAUGCAUCUUGUAAGAAGAACUCUUAAUGUAGUUCGGCUAAUCUAUCUUUAGGGUUUGUGAAAUACUGUCUGAUAGGAUGUCUAGCAUUCUUGUAUUACUGUAGAUUUUCUCUUUCUGAUGUUCUCUUCAUUUAUGCAAUAUCAUUUUGAGGGAACUGAUUCAAGUUAUUCGGAUCAAUGGUUUUGAGCUAUCAACCGUCUAGGAACUCUUAUACAA